AUGGCAAAGGAUUUGGAUUUGGAAGAAAUUCUUAAUUUUGCCAUCGAGUGCGCAAAAACUGUCGGUCCAAUCAUCAAGGAUGGCUAUUACAGAAAAAAGAAUAUCGAGGAGAAACUUGGGCCGGCAGAUCUCGUGACUGAAUAUGACAAGAAAGUUGAGGAAACGAUCGUUGGAAUGAUAAAAAACAAGUAUCCGACUCAUGAGAUUAUCGGAGAAGAGUCUGCCUCUGAGAAUAUUGUUUUGACGAAGGCCCCAACUUGGGUGAUUGAUCCUAUCGAUGGCACGACUAAUUUCAUCUCGCAAUUUCCUUACUGCGCUACUCUUAUCGGCUUCAUGGUUGAUCGACUACCAGUUGUUGGUGUUGCUUACAAUCCGAUCUUAGAUGAACUCUUUGCUGCUCGAAAAGGAAACGGAGCAACUAAAAAUGGCGAAAAGAUAACUGUCAACGAUACAAAAGAAGUCCGCAAUUCUUUAAUCAUCACAGAGUUCGGUAGCAGCAGAGAUGACAAAAGAAUGGACAUCGUUCUCGAAAACAUGAAAUCAACAAUCAUGACUCCCUCUAGAGGGAUCAGAGCGCUGGGAGCAUGUGGACCAAACGUUUGUUGUGUUGCUAGUGGCCAAGCUGAUCUGCUGUUUGAAACAGGGAUGCAUAUUUGGGAUAUUUGCGCUGUUAGUAUAAUUCUUGAAGAAGCAGGUGGCUGCGUUAUGAACAUGGACGGAUCUACACCUCUCAACUACCUGAAUAGAAAGUACAUCGCUUCGUGUACUCCAGAGCUGGCGCGAGAAGUCGCUUCGAAAUUAAAACCGAUCGAAGUCCCUGCCGAUGGCGUUGAAAGCCAAGACUAG